AAUGGGAUCAACAGAAAACACAAUUUUACAAGAUAAAGCUACUAAUAAAGUAUCAAUUGCUGAAUAUAUAGAUCUUAAUCAUACAACAGAAGAGAAAGAUGUGCAAAAUAUAAUAAUGAUUGUUGAUCAUGAACAACUUGUUACUCUUAUUGAACCACUGAAUUGUGAUGCAGAGCCCAGGCUUUUUGAUAACAUUAGUGUAAUUAGCCCUCUUCAUGGAAAUAUAUUACAUUUUAAUGAGAAUGAUAUAAAUAUGGAGGAUUCUUUUGAGAGUAUACCAGAGGUGAACUAUGACAGCAAUGGUAAAUUCAGAAUAUUCCCUACAGGAAGUGAAAAAGGCAAAGAAUUACUUGUAUCUAAUGGUCACUCAUUUGUUAUCAAAAGAAAAGACAAGACUUCCAUAAUUUUGGAGAUGAAAUGA